ACAGUCCAACUUUGCCUUCCUUGCGCUCGUGCUCGUGAAGUUCGUUUUGAUAGCGAGAGAGAGAGAGAGAGAGCAGGAGCGAUUGAUCCUCAGCACAAUCGGUCGGGGCGGUUUGGGUUGUGUUGGAUUUGGUUUGCUGCCGUGGGACCCAGAAAUCAAGAAGAAGAAAGUUGAGUUGAGGAGAGGAGUGAGGAGAGGAGUGCGGGGGCCGCAGAGUGUGGAAUUGGAGCUCGCAUUCGCAGGACGAGGAGGUGAGGAGUGGAAGCAGGCGUGGCGUAUAUCAACGAGCGAGCGAGGUGUCGAUUUCGGGGUGCAUUCCUCCCUUGGGAUUGAUUGAGGCGUGGGCGAAAGCGGAAGCAGUGGAGCUCGCUAGCUCGUGAGUUGCAGUUGCGUGGUCGUGGGGGCAACUCGUGCUGAGCCUUGCUGCUGAAGCUCUCUAUUGUCCUUUUGUUUCUUUUCGAGUGUGGUUCGAGGUACGGAGUUCGGACUCCGAAGAGGCCAGCGAGGGCAGACGGAGGCAGGUUCCAGCUCUGAGCAAGCGAGUACCCGGACCUGCUCAAUUGCGGUUGUUGUCGCCGGCAACGAGCUUUCUGAACGUGGUUGGUGUGGUGCGGCAUCCAACAAUGGGAAGCUCUUUCUGGAAGAGUGCAGUGCUUUGUUGACGAGCGGUAGAACAGAGGAUAUCAGAGUAGAACAUUGCUUGCUUGGUGUCGAAUUGCAAGCACCGACGAGGAGGUUGUCCUGUCCCGUCCUGUCCUGUCACUGGAGUCCUGCGGACACACUUCGAUUUCUUCACGUACAAAUUGCUCUCCUGCCAAAUCCGUAGGCCUUGUUACACUUCAACGAGCUGCAACUACCCACGGCGUUCAGUUCCUCGAAUCGAGCAAUGGGGGGUGCUGCCCAGUUUCUCAUAUUCAUAAUGAUAAUUAUAAUUAUCAAGGAGAGUUUCGCGAAAGCUGCAAAUCUAGAGGUGACUCCGAAGACUCUUCACAAAUCUGGCGACAAAAUCAAACUAUCUCUAACAGGCAUUGCUCAGCCUUCAGAAUUUGACUGGCUGGGCUGGUACAACCCUCCAGACUCUGAUCACAAUUUCUUCCUCGGUUACAAACCACUCUUAACUUGUGAGAGAUUCCAGGAAACCGGCACUUGCGAGCUGGAUAUUCCUCUGGUUAACAUGCGGGCACCUUAUCAGUUUCGUGCAUUUCGAGGCAAAGCAGUGAAUGUGACAGAUGAUACACCUGUAGAUGAGGACGGUGAUCCUCUUCCCAUCCCUGAGGAACUUCUGGCCGUCAGCGCGAAUGUGCACUUUCAAAACUACAAUGAACCAACGCAGAUCCAUCUCGCUCUGACCUCUGACUCCAAGGAAAUGAGAGUGAUGUUUGUCACCCGUGAUUUUACGACAAGCUUUGCCAAAUACGGGCGGACAAGGUACUCGAUGCAGGCCAUCUCAGAGACCCAAAUGGAGACCUACAGUCAGACAGAUAUGUGUCAUGCUCCUGCAAAUUCGUCGGAUGGUUGGAGGAAUCCUGGAGUUAUACAUGACGCAGUAAUGAAGAACCUAGUCCCAGGCAAACGAUACUACUAUCAGGUGGGUAGUGACGCUGAAGGAUGGAGCGACACUUACAGCUUUCGAAUGGCCAAGGAGGACGCUGAUGAAACUUAUGCACUUCUUUUUGGAGAUAUGGGAACCACGGCUCCUUACAAGACCUACAAGCUUUUGCAACCGGAAAGUGAGACAACCAUUCGGCUGAUGGAGUCGGACAUAAGAGAGCUGCAGCACAAAGCGGUCUACAUUUCACAUAUUGGUGACAUCAGCUACGCCAGGGGGUAUGCAUGGCUGUGGGAUGAGUUCUUCCAUCGCAUCCAGCCUGUGGCAUCACAGGCAGCUUAUCACGUUUGCAUUGGGAAUCAUGAGUAUGACUGGCCCCAGCAACCCUGGAGACCCGAUUGGGCUACUAAGCUUUACGGUACUGAUGGUGGUGGUGAGUGUGGAGUUCCUUACAGUGUAAGGUUUAACAUGCCUGGGAACAGCACCGUGCCAAACUCAUCCACACGAAUCUCAACUCGCAAUAUGUUCUACGCUCAUGCAGUAGGAGUGGUGCACUUCCUCUACAUCUGCACCGAAACAAACUUCUUACCAGGCAGUGAGCAAUUGGCCUUCAUCGAAUCAAAUUUGAAGAGUGUGGACCGUACGAAGACGCCAUUUGUCGUGGUGUUGGGUCAUCGACCCAUGUACACCACGAGCAGGGAUCUCAAAAUGGGACAACUGCGUGCCUUGAUGAUCGAGCAUAUCGAACCGCUGCUUGUGAGGUACAAUGUAAAUCUUGUCCUUUGGGGACACGUACACAAGUAUGAACGAACCUGUGCCAUUCAGAACUACACAUGUGCAGAUCCAGAGGACUCAACGAAGUUACCAGUGCAUGUGAUUAUCGGCAUGGGAGGACAAGAUUAUCAAGUACCCUGGGAACCACGUCCAGAACAUCCUGACAAGUUAGUGUUUCCACAAAAGGAGUGGUCCCUGUUUCGAAGCUCCGAGUUUGGUUACGUGAGGCUGCACGCAACGAGAUCGGUCCUGACCUUAAACUAUGUCGGAAAUCACGACGGACAGAUCCAUGAUGUGCUGAAGAUUAGCUUGGUAGAAGAGGAAGAAGACGAUGAUGGUCAGUUUCAAGGUUGGUUCUGGGCUUUGCUGGGUCUUGCAGCUGUGGUAGGCAGUGUUGUUGCUCUGGGAAGUGUCGUAUACGUGCAAACGUCGGGCAGUUUGCAAAGGUACCGGCAUCUGAGUGAGGGGACGGCUCUCAAAAGUCCCUACGUUCAAAGUAUGAUCUAGUGCUCGGAUUUUGUAAAAUAGCGUGGUCCAUGCACAUUCCCUGCAGUUGUGGCCUUGUGAAAGAAGAUGAGCUUCAGGUGCAGCAAGACAGCUGGGCUGAAAUGCGAAGAUGAGAUUCAUCAAGAAGGAUGUGGAAGGGAGGUUCUUAGUUGUAUCAUAGAAGGUUGUACAACAUAGUAGAGGAAAGAAAGGAGAUGUGGAACGUCUUGGAAAUUUCUGCCAGUGUAAAUGUGUACUAAAAGGUAGAAAUUUGGUGUCUAGAGGCACCCUGGAUGGAUGGCGAGGUCUCUCUCAGGUUUUACAGUCUUAUGUCUCCGGGGAGUAGAAGAGGGACCAUUGUUAAGUAGUCGACGUUUUCUCAGUCUCCAACGUCAUCGUCAUGGGCGUUUCAAUUCUGUACAAUCAUAGUGAAAAGGCUGACACAGCAUUUGUGAAAAGUUUUGCGCAAAUUGAGAAUAUUUUUUCUAAAAGAUCGACCUGGGAACAUGUUUUCGUUCAUAUGCAAGUUUCUA